UGCCUUCUAACGCAGGCUUGCCAGGCACAAACACUUAAAAAUACUUCGAUGGUAGCAGUAUAAUUGGACUCUUGCUUUCUGAUUUCUCAAACAUCUGGGUUCGUAUUCCGCAGUUUGUUUAUUUUUAUACAAGCCUAAGAAGGAAUAAGAAGCUCGAGGCUGUAGCGGGACCAUCAGGCUGCAGACUCAAGGCUUAAACAAGCAGCACGAGAUCGAUGGGGCUGCUGUUCUUAGGACUCUUCUCUUCCUAGAAGUUUUCAUCCUUUUCACGGGCAGUUAUUUUGCUCCCUCUGCUCCCUUACAGAAUUUUUGCUGUUGUAAAUGGUUUUGCUAGUGGAAUUUGGUUUUAUUUACAUAUUCUAUUAGUAAUGUGGACUAUGAAUGCCUACUGGAAAUCAGGAUUCUCUUGACUCCUUCAUGUAAACAAACCAGUUUUCAUGAAUGGCUGAGAAAAUCUGUUCCACUUCAGAUUAUAACGCUGAGUUAUGGACCAAAAUGUAUUAUACUCCUUAUUGUGAAUACGUGUCCCAAUGUAAUAUCAGCUUGAAGAAGCAGAGGAGUCGAAGUAUCUUUAGCACCUUAUUCUGCUGCUUUCGUGACUACAAUGUCGAACCACCAUCUACCAAUAGCACCAGUGCUCUUCCUCCUUUGGUGGAGGAGAAUGGAGGACUUCAGAAGGGUGACCAGAUGCAGGUCAUGCCUAUACCAAGUCCACCAGCUAAAUACCUCCUGCCAGAACUGACAGCAUCAGACUACGGGAAGAAGUGUGUGGUCAUUGAUUUAGAUGAAACUUUAGUGCACAGUUCAUUUAAGCCAAUUAGCAAUGCUGAUUUCAUCGUUCCUGUUGAAAUUGAUGGAACCAUACAUCAGGUUUAUGUAUUGAAACGACCACAUGUGGAUGAGUUUCUUCAGAGGAUGGGAGAGCUCUUUGAAUGUGUACUCUUCACAGCCAGUCUAGCCAAGUAUGCAGACCCAGUAGCCGACUUACUGGAUCGCUGGGGUGUGUUCAGGGCAAGGCUCUUUAGAGAAUCCUGUGUUUUCCACCGAGGAAAUUACGUGAAGGAUCUGAGUCGACUGGGACGUGAGCUGAGUAAAGUUAUUAUAGUAGAUAAUUCUCCUGCAUCUUACAUCUUCCAUCCUGAAAAUGCAGUGCCUGUGCAGUCCUGGUUUGAUGACAUGACAGACACAGAGCUGCUAGAUCUUAUUCCUUUCUUUGAAGGACUAAGCAAAGAGGAAGAAGUUUACAGUAUGCUUCAUAAACUCUGCAACAGGUAGCCCUUAACUUUGACUGACUUCUGCUACUAGAUUGCAGUUGCUAGAGGCUGUCUCCAUCUUUUUCAGCUCUUUCAAAUAUAAGUGUUGGGGAGGUCACCCCUGUCAGAAGUGCUACUCUUGAUCUUCCUGUUACAUUGGACACGAAGGACAAUCAUGAGUGAUGCUAUUAAGCCUUCAGAAGCCUGACUCCUAAGGUCAUGUGUUCAGACUACUUUUUUAAAGGAAAAAAAAAAAAAAAAGCUAUUUUAAAUGGGACUCUUUUAAUGAAUUUCAUAAAUGGACAACUUUUACUGGAUCAGCUUUUCUUAAAACAUGCCAAAAAAGAAGCUUGUAUUUCAGCAGUUGAAUUUCUCUCCCUUUCUUCCCCUCCCACUAUGCAGACAAUUUUACCCCCCUGCUUAGAGCAGUUGACCUGACUCUGAAUUUUUUCUUACAGAAUGAAGUGCCUUUUUGAAUGUUAUUUUAAGAUAAAAAUUCAUUUUUGUAUAAGACGUAUUUCCAGACAUCUUUUAGUCUUGUAUUGUCUAAAUGCUUUAAAAGGAAAAAGGAAAAAUUUUAUAGAGCACUGUAAUAUAUAACAAAGGAAAAGUUGAAACAAAGAUGCUGGGUUCCUGUCUCCACAAUGACAUUAAGUUGUAUUACAUUUUGUCAUGCUCAGAAGGUUUAAGCGUUUGCGGGAGGGGUGAUUUGGGUUAAUUACAUGGUUGUUUCACUGAUACGAUUUUGGGCACAGUUUUGAACAUAUCUGCAGUUGUUUGAGUAUAGGGAAUGAUGGAAUUGAGAAAAUAAGGUGGCUGAUAGAUCUAAAGCACCUUUUCUUCUAAACAGAUGAAGUUCUAUUGUCUCUGCUUACGCACAACUGCCAUGCCUCUCGUUUUUUGGAAAACCAUUAUCUUGGGAGAAUGGGGAGGAGAUCUAUUUAUUAGUUUAAGAUUCUUUUCUUAAAAAAACCCAUCUGGGUAAGCUGGAUCUGUAUUGAGCUGUUUGGAGUACUUUUUUCUUUUAAAUUGCUGCUACUGUAUACUCACCAAAUGGAGUUGACCAUCGGCUGUUAUACUGUUUUUGCCACUGUGCCUGUGCUAGGAAACAUUUUCUGUAAGCUGCAAACUUGGGCAAUAAAUAAAAUGCAGGCUUCAUAACCCACCCCUAUGUAUUAAUACUACGGUAUUCGAUAUACCGGAGAACUCAGUUAAAGGUGACCUGCAAAGGAAAUUUUUUUUUAUUAUUAUUUAUAUUUUUUUUCAAUUUGAAUGAAGCCCUCUCCUUUCUUUGGUAUAUAAAAAUGCAAAAAGUAUUCUUCCCACAUCUCUGAUUUGUCUGUCUUCUUCCUCAAGGUGUAAGGUACAGACUGGGAGCUUUAUCAAGUCUUGCUAGAAGGACAGAAGUUACUAGCCUAGACUAAAAGUGGUCCUCUGGCUUUGGAGUUGAGUAAGUCUCAUCUCUGAGAACCUGCUUAGCAUCUUCUGCAGUGUCAUAGGUACCCUUUCAAAAGAAUAAUUUUUAAAUAUUUAGGCCUUUGAAGAACAAGGCACACCUAUUUUUUUUUCUUCCUUUCCAGUGUCACCUUUUUAAUUAUUUUCCGCACCAGAAAUCUACAAUCAUAAAACUUACAGCUACGUUUGGCUGUCAUCAGAGAAAACGCAGUGGAAUAGUUGGUGCUUUUAAUUAGCCUAGUGCUAAAUUUUGAAUAGUAGAUCCCCUCCGCCUUUUCUGUUCUUCUUCAAUGACUUGGAAAAAAAUUUUUUUGCGAUGGACUUGUAUUGUCAUCCGCGUCUAAAACAUCGGUGAAGCAGCUUAACAAAUUCAUUCAUAGAAGGGCAGGCCAGCCUACACAGGCAGUGAGUAGAUUGUCGUAGGUGCAGUAUAAAACUGAAAGAUGACUUGCCCCCUUGCAGUGCAGCUGUGCUCCAGCUGCUCGCUGUGUCUCAUAGCGAGGGAUGUUAGAGGCAGUCCCGUGACACUCGUGAGUCUGUACGGCAUCACCGUUUUGUUUUCUUACCAGUUGGCAUUACCUUAGUACUGUAUAAUUCUGUGCCACAACAAAAGACAAAACUGUCAAAUUUAAGAAAAAAAAAAAACAAACAACCUAUGUUGUUUAAAAAAUGAAAAAAAAAAAAAGACGUAUGGAUUCUGGUUAGUCCAUUAACGUUUAUUUUCAGUUUAAGAUUGUUUAAUUUUGUAUUUGACUUCAGAGUAAUGAAACUGUAAGCUGCCAAAAAGUUGUUCUCUGAGCAGUAUUUUCAACUGUGUUUGUAGCUUCUAGGCUUCAAAUACAGUUUGCAGGGAAGUAUUCAGGUUGUAGUUAGUUGUGCAGGUAUGAUAGGAAUGGCUGAAAAUAUUCAAAGACUUUCUCGCUAGCAUUAGACCAAACAAUCUUCCAAUUAGACAAUAAAUUACCCCACGGAGACAUUGCCAUUUAACGGUUGUGACCUGUUGUACGUGAGACGUCAUUAGUUUGCAUUUAUGAAAGCAGCGAUUUCAUGAACCAGUUGCCUUAAGUCUGUGAAUGAAUGUUGAUUAUUAAAGUGUCUUGUAUUGUUUUAAAAUCCACAUAUAAUGGACAACUGAACUUCUGCACCAGCUUCUGGAAGAACGGUUCCGAUGAUGUUCUGUACAACCAUCCGUAUUCUGUAUUGUUUAUCUCAGCUCUUGAAAUCCACAGAUUUCCAGAAAAAGCUUAUUUUAACCGAGUCCAGCAUUAAAAUGACACUUGGUGACAGUACAGAGGUGAAAAACAGCAACAGUUUUGAUCUCUGCUAGUAUCUUAAGGGUAUUUUCUAUAACUUCUGAUGAAAUUUUUUUUUUUUUUUUUUUUAAACUCAUUCCCAUUGAAAUAAAACUUGGAGUGUUCUGCAGUCAGGUUUGGACUUCCCUGGGUAUUCAAAUUUGGCCAAAGGGAUCAAACUGUCAUAGUUGUUUAUUUUGACACUAUCAUCGUACUUGAAAUUUCAAGUUUUAAGUUUUCGUGAAUAUACAUACACUAUAUAUUUAGAGUUUCUAGAUUUUAACAAAGCAAUAUAGUCUGUCCAUAAAGUCAGAUAAUGAGUGGAAUGUUUGUAAAAUUUGCAAUACGGGUAUUAGAUUGUAUUUUAAAUACAAGAUUUUAAAAAUUAAAAUAGGAAAAAAUACUUGUUUCCUAAAUCUCUUGCAUAUUUUGAAGUGCAGUUAAUGGAUGCAGAUCACCAGGGCUGUUAUAAACCCUGGUUUUCAAUUCUAUUUCUGGGUAUUAUAGAAGUAUUAAAGAGUCUUUUCCAGUUGGUCAUUCUGUUCAGCUAAAGAAACGCUGCCUGGCCUGAAGUUCUGUUGUCCUUUUAUGUUGGGUUAAAAAAGGUUUUUUGCCUGUAUAGGUAUUUUUAAAUUAAGCUGUAAGGCAGAAUGCCUUAGAUUCUUGAAAUUCAACUGAAGUGUUACGAUUAAAUUGCCAUUUGUAAACUAGGGCUGUGCGCAGAAUACUUGUUAACCACCAGGAAGCGUGGCAGGUUUUGAAUGGAAGAUCGUAGCAAAUGUACAAUAUUGCUGUGUUCAUUUAGGUAGCUUUGGAAGAAUAAUUUGUCUAUUUGUUUUUGCCCUUUAAUCUUUUUUAAACAGCAAAGUUAUACAUGGAAGAAACUCAACACCUGAAGAGAUUUGGUUAUCAGUGUAUGCAAUCACUUUAUCACAGCAUGAUUUUGAUUAGACUGGUUGGGGACAAUAAAGUAUCUAAAUGACACUGGUGUGUACUGAUGUUGCAGCUUUUGAAAUUUCAGUGUAAAAAAAAAAUCUGUAGCUAUAUAAUUUACAAACACAUAAUCCUAUGUUUUACGGAUUCUUUUUAAACUAAUAAAACACAGUACCGCACAGCCCUAUUUGUAAAACAAAAACAAGUUUGUGCCUCUGAUUUCCAAGGUGCUGUGAUGAUACGCCUUUGUGGGGCGAGGAGGGCAGGUGAGACUUGCGUGGGGCGAUUGCUUAAAAAUCUCUGGGCUAACUAUGCAAAACCAGUUGUCAGUUUUCUGUUUCACGUUAUAUUGUAAAAAUCCAGCUGACUUUUCUUCUUUCUUGUUAAAGAUCUAUUGGGAACUUCUUAUCAGAGGAGUAAGCAAUGGAAAUGUUUCUUUCUUUUUUCUUUUUCUUUUUUUUUCUAAUAAUGGAGCUGUUUACACUUUAAUGCAAUGAACAAUCCAGCGAUACUUGAGAAACACUACAGAUACCAUAUGAGUGUUUUCAGGAGAGAGAAGUGUUGUCAAUCAGGUAUUGAAUGGUUUCUUUACUGUCACAAAUAAAAAAUUUUAACAAUAUA